AUGUUGCGUGUGCUGAUCACCUGCACUCAGGUGUUUAUAGCAGCAGAUUCCUGCAGCAGCUCCUCAGACUGAAGGAGAGAGGACACAGAGACUCCAGAGAGAGAGACAGAGAGCUGUGAGACUCCACUGAGAAGUUUCUGGUGUGGCUAUCAUGGAGAAGCUGGUGCUCCUGAUGCUGUUGCUUGCAGGAAUAUGUGCAGUUGCAUCCGGCCACUUCAGAAAAUACCACUUUGUGGAAGAUAGAAAGAGCUGGUUUGAUGCUCAGAGCUACUGUCGAGAGAAGCACACAGACCUGGCCACCAUUGAAAGCCAGGAAGAAACCGAGAAAGUCUUAAAUAUUUCAGCUGGUUUUAAUGAUGCCUGGAUCGGCCUGUAUUAUGACAAAGAGAACUGGCAGUGGUCCAAUGGAGACAAUGUGAGCUACUACAACUGGACAUCCAGUCUCAACUGUACUAGUGUCGAUUCAAAUGGAGAGUGGGUCGACUCAGACUGUCAUAGUAAUAGAUAUUCUUUCAUCUGCUACAAUGACACCAGAGAGAGUUAUAUCCUGAUUGAUCAACCGAAAACCUGGUAUGAAGCUCAGCAGUACUGUAGAACAAACUACAUCGACCUCGUCAGUAUAAAGAAUAAUGAUGAAGAUAAGAAAAUAAAGGAGAAAGCAAAUGGAAAGCCUGUCUGGAUAGGUCUGUUCAAUAAUCCCUGGAAGUGGUCACACAAAGGGGAGUAUUCCUCUUUUCACAACUGGGACAAAGGGGAACCAAACAAUUUAGGCAAUAAUAUCUGUGUGGAGAUGUAUGGUGCAGCGGAUAAGGAAAGAGGUAAAUGGAAUGACGCUGGCUGCAACAAUACCUCGCCUUUCGUUUGCUAUAAUGAAUCCUGUAAAUAUACUUCCUGCACUAAAUACCGCUUUGUGGAAACAGCUAUGACCUGGUCUGCAGCUCAGACACACUGUAGAGAUAAAUACACAGACCUGGCCACUGUCCACAACCAAGAGGAAGCAAAGCAACUCUUAGAUAAUUUAAAUAUGAGUACCAAUGCCUGGAUUGGGAUGUAUCGUGAUGUCAAUGAGAACUGGCAGUGGUCCAAUGGAGAUGCAGUCACCUACAACACGAGACGUGCCAAACUCUUCUGUGCUACAGUCAGUCAAGAUGGAGAUUGGACCGAUUCUGUCUGUCAUGAUACAAAACAUUUCAUGUGUUAUACUAAUAAUGAAACCAGCGAGAGAUAUAUCCUGAUUGAUAAACCGAAAACCUGGUAUGAAGCUCAGCAGUACUGUAGAGAACACCACACUGAUCUAGUCAGUGUAAAGAAUGAGGAUGAAAAUAAGAAAAUAAAGGAGAAAGCAAAUGGAAAACCUGUCUGGAUUGGUCUGUUCAAUAACCCCUGGAAGUGGUCGGAUGGGGGGGAUAAUUACACACUUCAGAACUGGUCAGAAAAUCAACCUGACAAUUCUAAAGGCAAAGAGAAAUGUGUGAUGAUUCAAAACAAAAGUAAUAAGCUUACAUUAAAAAAUGAUCAAUGCAGCACAGCACAGCACUUCUUCUGCUAUGAUGAUGGCAGGAAGCUGUUCCUUGUGAAGGAGAAUAAAACCUGGGAGGAAGCCGUGGAGUACUGCAGAUCCAACUACACUGACCUGGUCAGCAUCGAGUCAGAGGAGAAGCUCCAGAGGGUGUACCGAGAGGCUAACAAGGCCAGCUCUUCACAUGUCUGGCUCGGGCUGCUGCAGAGCUGUACCUUUGGCUUCUGGUACUGGGUGGACGGAGCCCAGUCCUGUUAUGAUAACUGGGCUCCAGAACACCAAUGCCAGUCUGGGUGUAACCAGUGUGGAGCCAUGACUGCAAGGAACGGGUCAGAAUGGACUGAAAAACCCUGCACUGAGAGGUUCAACUUCAUCUGCUACAACGGUACAACUGGCUCUUCUCACUGAAGGCUCUCAGUGCUACAGCUUCUGCAGCAGAAUCAGCUUCUUACUGUCAUGCUACCUGCCAUUGCUUCAUGGGGACGAAUGGCUUAUUUUCUUUGGAUUUGGAAUGAUAUGUUAAAUGCAUUUUGUUAAAGUGAUAAUGACCAAGGCUUUUACAGAUACUCUUCAUGGCAAACCGUUGUGUUCUUUUGCUGUGUUUUAGUUUUAUGGCUGGUUUAACACCCUUUGAUUGCCGUUUAUAUUUUGCUAUCUUAUCUAAGGUAACAUUACUGUAGGUGCAGAUUUGUGCUAACACCAGUCGUUAGUUUUCUCAGUUUUCUCAGAUAUUAAACCUCCAUCCAGACCCUGAAGGAGUUAAUUAUAUCAUUGUUUCUGUUAAACCUGGGAUGGAAUGGCCCUCCAGGGCUAUGAUUGGACACCCCUGUUCUAGAACCUUUCUUCAAAGUUAUAUUUUUGUUAGUUGUCUGUACAUUGAUUGGUUUUAAGCAGUGUUGGGGAGAAACAGAAUGCAUGUCAUGCAUUACUGUAACAUGAGUACAUUUUUCAGUAACGUGUAACAGUAGACAGGUAACUAAAUGUGUUAACAUAUACAUUUUAUGUUAAAAAAUAAGUUACUUUUAGUGAAUUUUUUUCUUUAAAAAAAUGCAUAACUUGGAUAUUAGAAAGCACUUCAACAGUGCAAGUCAAACCACACAGGUCACGUUAUCAUGCUUUGAGCCAAUGAGUGGGAUCCAUAGCUGGAUCUUCAAUGAAUAUUUUGAGCUGUAGCCUGACCAAACUGAAAAACAAAUAGCUCUGUAAAAUGUAAACUGUGCCUGAGAAGUAACUAUUUGUAAACAUAACUAUAAAUAGUUCGAUUUUUUCCAAUAACUGUAAAGCAUUACUUUUUAAAAAGUAACUUCCCAACACUGUUUUUAAGUUAAACAUAGCCUGAGAUACAAUGUAAAAGCAUGUUUUUUCUAAUAUGAUUUAAGUUUUUAUAUUUGAAAUAUUUUUUUCUUUUUCAUAUUUUAUUGUGUGUGGUGUUUAAGUUGUAUUUUAAAAGCAUUGAAUAACUGUAGUUGACUUGAUUUACCUACAAGCCACCACUGGAUCAUUUUACAGCAGCAGGGAAUCCCACUGGAUUGAACCCGUCAUUGACCCGAGGUCACCCCUAAAAUGGGUGUCUGAUGUAAUCCAGAUGGGUUUCCCUGGUGCUGUGCUACACGCCAAUCAAAUCCAGCUUUGACUAAUGCCAGCUGGGUAUACAGGAGGUAGAUUAAAUCACACCAUAGUAAUGUUUCCUGUAUCAUCCCUUAUAAAAGUUUAUCACGAUAUUGUUACAUUGCUGCCAUGCUUUUCUCAUGCUUAUACUAUGCAUUUACUAUAGUUUACCAUGGUUUGCCGUGUUUAUUAAUAUGCUUUACCAUAUAGCACCUCUUUGGUUUACUAAGCUUUUACUGUGGAAAACUUUAUAAAGGAUUGAACACGCUUUUCUAUUUUAAAUCCAUGUUUUUAAAUUGACAUUACAAUAUAUAUAUAUAUAUAUAUAUUUUUACUGCAUAACUGUCAUGUGUGUUCCCUCUUUGUUUCAAAACAAUUGUGAAAUAUAUAAAGGACAGUGAAUUAGUGAAAGGUCCAUACAGUGUGCAUAGAAUUCACUGUCCAUAUGGACUAACCGUUAAUUAUUUAAUUUGUGAAUAAUCUAAUUGUGAAAUUACAAAGGGAGCACCAGACAGUAUAUACACUGACUGGGACAUUGUUUAAUUGGAAAUGGGGUUUGUAUUGACCAGAAAUGAAAGUUGAUGUGAUUUGGGCUACUGUAACAUCACUUGUCUGUGGGCUCCGUGAUUACCUGUGUGCUGCCAGAAUUGUGCUUUCUAGCCAAUGAGAGGUUUAUCUGCAUGUUGCAAAUCCAGGAGACUGUUUUAAUCAAUGGACACUUUGGUCAAUGCAGCCCCUGCAUGGACGGAGCCACUGACCUGGCCCCUGUGAAGUUACAGUGAUCCUUCCCAUUGAUCCUUCACACAGCUUAAUGGAUAUGCAUAACAUGACAUAUUUCAAGACCACAUAGAUUUGCAUACAUUACUCUAAUUUUCAGUCCAGUCAGUGUAUAUUAUUAUUAUUAUUAUUAUUAUUAUUAUUAUUAUUAUUAUUAUUAUUAUACUAAAAACAAUUGCUUUAAAAGCCUCAUUUCUGGAAACAUCCCAGUAUCAUAGAGACUGUUUCUAAACGUUGAUUCUUUGAUCCUGUUGUGAACACUGUAGAGGUUUGCAUAGUGAUAAAGAAAGAACAAUUGAUGGGAUGUUAUGUUUUGGUAGUUUGGGGUGUUGUAUUGUCGAUUGUGAGAGGACAAAAUGGAAACUUAAAAUGCAAACAGAAACACAAAGUUCUUUAAAAAAAUAGUAAUGUUAAGAAAUGAUUUGUAAGGCUACUGCAUAAAGCAAACAAAUAUGGUAUAAUAUUUUAAGUAAUGUAUUCUAUGCUUGCUGUAACUGCUUGGA